GAAUGAUACCUUCAUUGAUGAUACCUUCUGUCCUCUAAACUCUUCCCUUCCAUUCCCAACCUUCCUAUUGUCUUUCUCUCAGUCUCUCACAAAUUUAAUGGGUGUUCAAAGAGCUGCUAUCUCACUCUAACUUAUAGCUUGAAGCUCAACCCCAAAAAAAAAAAGUGGAAAAUUGAUAAAUAAUUACACUGUUUGUCAAAGACAAAAUUUGUCGAUUAAAUCAAUGCACAUAAGGGAACAACACGCCUCACGGGUCAUCAGAAGUAUCGCUGAUUCUAGCUGAAUUUGGUGGUCAUCAACGGAAACAAUUCAUCUCAAGCUUUGCCUUGCCCAAUUGUUUCUUUUGCUUGGAAUCAUAUACUGCCAGUAAGAAAAACAGAACCAAAAGUGUAUAUGGCUGUUCAUUCUACUGUUUUAUGCUUCAAAUUCGUUUCCUUUCAUCCUCAAACUUCUGGGUCUUAUCGUUUCCCUGCUGCCGCCUCACGUUCCCGGGUCUCCUCUUUAGUAAAGGCUUCAGCUUUCUCUUCCCAAGUUCCGGUUACAUUGCCUCGGUUCAAGCUUCAAGGUAAAGCAUUGGCAGAUGGUAAUGGGAUGCCUGAAAAGGAUGAGUCCCCUCUUGUGGUUUGCUUUGGGGAGAUGCUGAUUGAUUUUGUCCCAACCACAAGUGGGCUGUCCUUAGCAGAAGCACCUGCAUUCAAAAAGGCUCCUGGUGGUGCUCCUGCUAAUGUUGCGGUUGGUAUUGCUCGCCUUGGUGGCUCCUCAGCUUUCAUUGGGAAGGUUGGGGAGGAUGAAUUUGGGUAUAUGCUUGCUGACAUUUUAAAGGAGAACAAUGUGAAUAGUGAAGGGAUGCGCUUUGAUCCCGGUGCUCGGACAGCCUUGGCUUUUGUAACUCUGAGAAAGGACGGGGAGCGUGAGUUCAUGUUCUACCGUAACCCCAGUGCUGAUAUGUUACUUCAAGAGACCGAGCUUGACUUUGACUUAAUUAGGAAGGCAAAGAUUUUUCAUUAUGGUUCAAUAAGCUUGAUUACUGAACCAUGCAAAUCGGCGCAUCUUGCUGCUGCAAAAGCUGCUAAAGAUGCUGGUGUGAUAUUGUCUUAUGAUCCGAAUCUGAGGCUUCCCCUGUGGCCAUCUGCAGAAAGCGCAAGAGAAGGAAUCUUAAGUAUAUGGGAAACUGCUGAUGUAAUCAAGAUAAGUGAGGAAGAGAUUACUUUCCUAACACAAGGAGAAGAUCCAUACGAUGAUUCGGUUGUUCGUAAACUGUAUCAUCCCAAUCUUAAAUUACUUCUCGUCACUGAAGGCUCUGAAGGUUGCAGGUAUUACACAAAGGAGUUCAGUGGACGAGUUAAAGGCCUAAAAGUAGAUGCCGUGGACACAACAGGCGCUGGAGAUGCUUUUGUAGCUGGACUUUUAGCACAACUAGCAGCUGAUGUAUCUCUCCUGCAGGAUGAGUCCCGACUUAGAGAUGCUCUCAAGUUCGCUAAUGCAUGUGGCGCCUUGACAGUCAUGGAAAGAGGCGCAAUCCCUGCUCUGCCAAACAGAGAAGCUGUUCAGGAUGCCCUUUUCAAAUUAGCAACAUAAGUUAUUUGUCAACAUUCUCUGCCGCCGUUUAACUACAUUCAUCAUUCGUACCUUCUGCUAAGGUUUCUUAAGGGUUGUCGCUGCAAAUAAGCUUACGAUCACCAUUGUAGUUAUCAUUUGAGAACACCUCCCAGUUACCAGAAAUGUUGUACAAGAGAAAAGAUAACGGAGGUGAUGGUCAUCUAAUAGUGUCCCAUUAUUUGGCACUUCCAUUCGAAACGUUGGAUACUAUUUGUAGUAGUAAUGAUGUAAGAUCCUUCUGCAUUCAUUUUGUACUUGGAGCGUUGCUAAAUGCUAAAUAAAUCUCUCUUUUGAGGAAAGACCAGUUCUUACUCUAUUUUUAAAUUGAAUAAUGAUUGGUACAAGAAAAAAAUGAUAAGAAAAUAUUACAAGG